AUGCCGUACAUUAUCGGGCUCAAUAGCGGCAGCUCCUUUGACGGAGUUGAUGCAGUGCUCUGCACAAUCGACUUUGCGCCCGAUGGCCAUCCUGCCCGUCCAGUCUAUAUCGAUUCCCUAACAGUGGACUGGCCGGAAGCCUUGCAGGAACAGGUACUCUCUGCAUUCAACAAUUCCCUGACCAUCUUCGAGCUUUGCCGUUUGAACUAUGCCGCCGGUGCUGUAUAUGCAGAGGCUGCCAACGCCUUGAUAAAGAAAGCAGGGCUCAAACCCGAAGACGUUGAGGUGAUUGGUUAUGACGGUCAGACAAUAUACCAGGAGCCUGCCGACAAGGACCUAAUGGCCAAGUACAGUCGAGAUGGCACAGCUGGUCUUGUCGAGCGUUGGACCGAGGGCGGCUUCCCCUGUGGCCUCUUCAUUGCCGAGUCGGGAGUCGUUGCGGCCCUGACGCAAGUCACAACCGUCACACAAUUCAGGCCCGUGGAUCACGCGCUAGGAGGCUCAGCUGCCCCAUUGAUGCAGUAUCUCGACUUUGUGGCAUUUCGCGACGUUGCACCUGUCGCAACGCUAAAUAUCGGUGGUAUCGCCAAUGUGCAGCUAGCGGAUGCGGAUCGUCGCCAGAUGAUGGCAUUUGAUACCGGUCCUGGGAACGUCAUUAUCGACCAUGUGGUCAAGGCACGGACAGGCGCACUUUAUGACAAGGACGGCGAGCUGGCCGCCAAAGGCACAGUUCUCACAAAGCUCCUCGAGAGUUUGCAUACCCAUCCAUUCUUCAGGAGGACUCCUCCACGUUCUGCGUGGCGGCUAGACUUCGGCGCCGACUUCGCCGACGACAUUCUAGAACAGAACAAAGGAUCGUCGACCGAGGACCUCGUCGCUACCUUGACCGCCUUCACUGCGGAAACGAUUCGAAACUCUGUCGUAGACAUAAUCAUCAAGAAGUCGCCAGUCAAGCAGCUCAUCGCGAGCGGCGGCGGAACACAGAAUAAGACUCUGCUCGCUUGUUUGACCAACCUGAUGGCAAAGCAUGGGGUGGAGGUGGUCCUCAGUGACGAUUAUGGGCUGCCUGCCACCUAUAAGGAGGCAAUAAAGUUUGCGACGCUCGGCUUCGCCAUGAAGAAUCAACUUGCAAACAAUAUACCCGCUGCCGGUGGCGCUUCCUCUUAUGCCAUUCUAGGCAAGAUGUCAUGGGCACCGAGAAUGGCCAAGAAUACAGGACCAUUGAACAAAGAACAGAGGACUGAUGGUAAUCUCAUGCGGUAG